AUGAGUUUUAUGGAGCCGAUGGUGUGUCUGUCAUGGUUGGCUGGUAGUCACAUGUUUUGGUCCCUUGGCACCGCUGGUUUCGGCUGGAGGCCCCUUUUGGCAGGCAUUUUCCUUCUGGCCGUGCUGAGUUGCCACACCGUGGCGUGCUCCAUGGACCAGACUUCCUUCGCGGUUCGAGACCACUUGAUCAACUUUGCCUUGUUCACAGUCGUCAGCUUCGGUGCUGUUGUGCAGUUGAACACUUUCCUGUGGCAAAUGUGGAUGGCGGAAAGUCGAGCGAAGAUGGAAACAACUGUCUUGGAAGAGCUGAUUGCCAUGACCUGUGACUUUGACUUGCUGAUUGGGGCCGUGGAAGACGGGAACCACCAGAUGGAGACCACAUUCAAGGUGUUGAAGCCAAGUCCAAGGGCUUCUGGUCUUCUGGGACGUGCUCUGGCAGUGGGUGACCAGCUGGACGGCUUUCUUUGUGACAACUCUGCGAAAUUGCGGAAAUCGUUGGCAGAAGCGAAAGAGCUGCAGCCAUUGCUUCUUCCAACUCGCUUGGUAGGCUUAGCACAAGAGGAGAUGCAAGCGCAUUUGCUUGUGGUCCGCAGACCGGAAGGUCUGGUUGACGAUUGUCCUGCGGAAGCCCUCCGCAAAGAGCAGACACUCUUGGCCACCUUUCUGAUUGCCGUGCGAGUGGACCAUACAAUGGACCCACCCUCCGAAGUGCUCCCGCAAACGGUGCCACAGAUUCCGCUCACCCGAGGAAGCAGCAGCAGCUCAAAUUGUCACUCAGUGGCAGACACCACAGUGACAGGGGCUUUGUUUGGCGGAUUGGAGCUGAACGGCACAGGUAUGAAGAGCUUGCUUGAGAUUGGCCACAAAGAACAUUGGCUCAUCCCUCCAGAGCUCCUCCAGCUGCACAGCACCAAACUGUUGGGCUCUGGUGGCUUUGGCCUCGUUUGUGAGGGCACUUUCUGUGGCGCAACCGUGGCCUUGAAGUUUCCGAGGAAAGGAAUCAAAGACUGCAAAUUUCAGAAUGCUGAGUCCAGGGAAUAUAUUCUCUUCAUGAACUAUUUGUCAGAGCUGCGCCUCUUGCGACAAGUUCGACAUCCAAAUCUUGUUUCCUUCUUUGGAACCACGGUGGAUGCAGAGAGUCUGGAACUGAUGUUGGUCUUUGAGAAGAUGACCGGGAGAACUCUCACCAAGUUCAUACCCAGUGAGAAUCCUGAAGAGGAUGUCCGUCUUCAGAUACUUCUUGAUAUUGCCAAGGCGUUGGUUUAUUUACAUUCUUUGCAGCCUGCUGUCGUUCAUGGAGAUUUGAAGGGCGACAACAUCUAUGUGGAGAGCAGAAAGGAUAUGCAUCUCACAAAGUUGGGAGAUUUCGGUUUGGCGCGCCGUGCCACCAAGUCGGCUGCUGGCAUGGGCGGCACCUUGCGUUGGUGCGCUCCAGAGGUGCUGGGAGGUAGCUGGUCGCCUUCUACGCCAGCAGACUCCUACAGCUACGGCCAGGUGGCCUUCUUUGUGGUCUCUGGACGCCUGCCAUUGGCGGAACUGAAACGCCACGAGAUGACUGACGCCCUGACCAAGGGGCGGCUGCCACCAGAAGAUUGGCCUCCGGGCUACAUGAUCGGUGUGAGGAGCCUUGCUGAGGCCUGCCGGAAGUUCGACCCACAGGAGCGGCCUUCGAUCUUUCAAAUCUGGCGCGACUUGACAAAUCUUCAGGCAGGCGAAGCUACAAAGAGCGGAGCCAAACUGAUCGGCAAAAGUGCGACUGUGCUUUCGGAAUCCCCAAGCGGCAGCCCGAGGAACUCCAACAUUCCACGACUCAACGUGCAUCCAUUUGCCGCACCUUUGCCUGCAGUGCCUCUCUUGGAGCCGCCUCAGCUCGACAUCUUUGGCAUGUUGGGUGGAAGUGGUGGAAGCAGCGGGGCUCUAGUGCAGACCUCUAGUUGCCGCGACUUGGAGGUGCAGAUGGACAUGGCCCGGAAACAUGCGUUUGGACGAUCACCAUACUACUGA